AUGUUGUGGUUGAAAGUGUUUUUAUCUCUAUGCAUUGUGAAUGCUAGCUUAUGCAAUCGAAUCAUUAAAAUGGAAGAUAUUGAAAAUCUUCGUCAAAAAAUUGCAAAAACACAGGAACAGCUUGAAUUGAAAAAUGUUUCCCCAAAAGCUACAAAGUUCAUUGAAAAACUGCCAACAUCACCAGAUGUUAGAGGUGUCAGUGCAUUAGAAUUUUAUGCUUGUGAUGUCUGUUUCACCUCAAUUGAUGAGUUAAUGUUCAUUCGACGUGUUGAAUUACUUAACGAUACAAAUUUAGUUGAUUUAGCUGUCGAGUUGUGUACAGCAUUAGAAAUUCAAAGGGAAAGAGAAUGUCGCGGCAUCAUUGAACUUUAUGCACCGACUAUUCUCUACAUUAUUGACAAUAGACAAGAUUUAUCAGCGGAAACUGUCUGCAAAUUCCUUCUGAACGAUGGUGACUGUGUAAAUUCACAUGAUGAUGAUAUUUUAGAAUUUACUGUGGCAAUCAAGGACUAUAAACCUCGUGAAGAAGUACAAAAUGAAGUCGAGACGCCAGAAGUAUUGUCAACAAAUUCAUCAUCUACAGAUGACAUGAUUAUCGUUCAUUUAACUGACAUUCAUGUUGACUUGAAGUACAAAACGGGAGCAAUGGCAAAGUGUAAGAAAUAUGCGUGCUGUCGCGACAUAAAUAAAAAUGAUACGACAGCAAAGUCUUCACAUUUAGCUGGAUAUUGGGGUGAUUAUCGUUCUUGCGAUACGCCGUUAAAUGCCAUUGAAGACGCUUUUCAUCACAUUGUUGAGCAGCAUCCUAAAAUUGAUGCCAUUUAUUUUACGGGCGAUAUAAUUGAUCACUUUCUGUGGGAUACCACAAUCGAUGGAAUGAAGAGUUCUUUGAAAACAGUCUAUGGAUUAAUGAGAAAUGUAUUUAAGGAUAUUCCAAUCUAUCCAAUUAUUGGAAAUCAUGAAGCUCAGAACUUAUUCGCACCACUUCACGUAAAAGUUCCAAAUCUCUCAACAGAAUGGCUGUACAGUUACAUAAUUGAAAUUUGGGGUGAUAGAAUGUCAAACGAAUCAAUUGAAACCUUUAAAAAUGGAGGAUACUAUUCAGUUUUGAUUAAACCAGGCUUACGUGUAAUAGCAUUAAAUAAUAAUCCGUGCUUCAUUUUCAACUUUUGGGCGCUUUACGAUUCAGAGCCAAUGUACGCACAAUUUCAAUGGCUUCAUGAUACUCUUGUAAAAGCAGAGGAAAUGGGAGAAAAGGUUCAUAUUUUAGCACAUAUACCGAAUGGAUUGGAUGAAUUUGCUGAGCCAUGUUCGCGGGAAUAUCAGCGAAUAAUUGAAAGAUUUCAUAAGACAAUUGUGGCUCAAUUCAAUGGACAUCAUGAAUUUUAUGGCUUUCAUCUCUUUUAUGAAGCUGCGAAUGUUUCAAAUCCUAUUUCGGUUGCCUUUAGAGGAGGCUCACUUGCCUCAUUCUCAAAAGUUAAUCGCAACUAUGUUGUCUAUAAUGUCAGUGUGGAUACUUUUGAAGUCAAAGAAGAUGAAGUAUGGACUUACAACAUGACGGAAGCAAAUCUACAAGGAGAGAAUUUAAAGCCUCGUUGGUUUAAACAGCCAACACUGCGUGAAAGCUUUAAUUUACCAGAUUUAUCACCAGAAACAUUGAGUAAGUUUACGAUGGACAUGAUGAGGAAUUCGACACUUUUUCAAGAGUACCGAAAAUUGCAAAUCAAAAACAGCGACUAUUUACUCAAAAAAGGAUGCAACGAUGAAUGCUACAAAGACAUUAUUUGCGAAACAUUGAUUUCCGAUAACACAGACGAUUCAUUGUGUCAGAAGCUGUGGAAGAAGUUUAAGAACUGA